CAGAGUACCCGGCUGCUGGCAAGCGGCGUCCACCGCCGGAACGUCGGGUCGUUGCUGGAUGUUCAGAAGCCUCACAUGGUCUUUCACUGAUACCUGGGAACUCUGGAAAUAAGCCAAGAAUGUGGAGCUGAGAGUGGGAUUAUCAGACAUGUCAAGUGGGAUUGAUCAACAAUCACAGGUUCCUUCCAAACCAACUUUUGGUGAAGUACAAGCCUGUGCAUUAGUGGAAUCAGUAUUUGGGUUUAAAGUUUCCAAGAUCCAGCCUCUUCCUAGCUAUGAUGACCAAAAUUUUCAUGUAUGUACUUCAAGAACCAAGGACACUACAGACAGCCCAACUGAAUAUGUCCUCAAAAUCAGCAACACCGAAACUAGCAAAAAUCCAGACCUGAUUGAAGUGCAGAGUCACAUCAUCAUGUUUCUGAAAGCAGCUGGCUUUCCAACAGCCUCUGUGUGUCAAACUAAAGGAGACAACAUUACUUCUCUCGUGUCUGUAGAUAGUGGCUCUGAAGUCAAAAGCUACUUGGUGAGGCUGCUGACUUACCUCCCAGGAAGACCCGUAGCUGAGGUUCCGGUCAGCCACCAGCUGUUGUAUGACAUUGGAAGGCUAGCUGCCAAACUGGAUAAGACACUGGAGAAAUUCCAUCACCCAAAGUUAAGUAGUCUUCAGCGGAAGAACUUCAUCUGGAAUCUGAAAAAUGUUCCUCUUUUGGAGAAAUAUCUGCACACCUUGGACCAGAAUCAAACUCGAGAGAUUGUCGAGCAGGUCAUUCAGCUAUUCAAGGAGGAAGUGAUGACCAAAUUAAGUCAUUUUCGAGAAUGUAUCAAUCAUGGAGACCUUAAUGACCAUAACAUUUUAAUAGAUUCUAGCAAGUCAGCCUGUGGAGAUGCUGAGUAUCACGUGUCUGGGAUUUUAGACUUCAGUGACAUGAGCUGUGGCUACUAUGUAUUUGAAGUGGCAAUCACCAUCAUGUACAUGAUGAUUGAGAGCAAGAGUCCUAUGCAAGUAGGAGGGCAUGUCCUUGCAGGAUUUGAAAGUAUCAUCCCCCUGACAGCUGCAGAGAGGGGUGCUUUGUUUCUACUUGUAUGCAGCCGAUUUUGUCAGUCACUUGUCAUAGCUGCACACUCCUGCCAGCUAUACCCAGAGAACAAAGACUAUCUCAUGAUUACUGCGAAAACCGGGUGGAAGCACUUACAGCAAAUGUUUGACAUGGGCCAGAAAGCUGUGGAAGAAAUCUGGUUUGAAACUGCUAAGUCCUAUGAAUCUGGGAUCUCCAUGUGACUAGGUAAAAGUUCACAUUAACCUGGGUAAUUAAAAACCCAAUAGGACCAAAUCAAAGGAUUUUCCCAAAUAGUUAAAAAUGAAUUGAUGGAAUAUGUUGAUUGUGAAUAUGACAAAGCACAUGAAACCUAGGUCUUCAAGCAAUCUCAUGACCAUGUUUUAAACUACAGAAAGUACUGCAUAAGCAAGCAUGUCUCUCUGUGGGUGUACGUGGUAUAAAACACAUAUAUGAUAUUUUGAAUCAGAUAAUCUCUAGGUCUGUUCACCCUGAGAUCAAUGCCUUUUUUAAAUUUUGAAAGGAACAUGCUAUAUAUGUAUAAAUAUAUUCACGUAUUUUAAAUAGCUGGACAUAUGUACAGACAAACCUAGCUAACUAUCAUCAGUUCUAUGAAACCUUCCCCGAUCUCUCCUUUCUCUGGAAUCCCAUCGCACUAUGUCUUUUCCAUAACACAACACUUUGCAUAAUGGAUCAUGGUUCACAGUCAUCUAGCCUGAGGGUUAUAGGAGAACAGAGACCUUGUAAAAUUUAUUUUUACCCAUCUGUUCUUCUUACACCUGCUAUGGUGCCUUUCACACAGAAGAGUCUUUAAAAAUAUUUGCAGAAUGAAUGUACACUAGAAAAAGCUGGAGAAAGCACACACUAAGAUGCCUUAGAAGGAAACACAGAAGGUAUUCUUCAAAGAAAUUUUUUUUUUCUUUUAGAGACAGCAUCUCACUUUAUUGUCCUCAGUAGAGUGCCGUGGCGUCACACAGCUCACAGCAACCGCCAACUCCUGGGCUCAGGCGAUUCUCUUGCCUCAGCCUCCCCACUAGCUGGGACAACCAGCACCCACCACAAAGUCCGGGUAUUUUUUUGUUGCAGUUUGGCCGGGGCUGGGUUAGAACCCGCCACCUUGGGUAUAUGGGGCCGGUGCCCUACCCACUGAGCCACAGGUGCCGCCCAAUGUUGUAUGAUUCUAUUUGUAUUUUUUUUUAUGAAGAAAUUUUUUAACUUGUUGGAGAGGGUAGUUGAAACUGGAACUCCAGAGAGAGAUGCUGGAAGACAAAAACUACGAGGAAGCAGAUAAAAGACAUCCAAACAAGGCUGGAUCUAACCCCUGAGCCUAGACCUGAAUUUAAUGGUUAGCCUUCAGGCUGAUACUAGGAAUAUCCCUGAGCAGAUAUUUUUAUUUUAUUUUAAUUUUUAAUUUUUUUUUUUUUUUUUUCAGUUUUUGGCCGGGGCUGGGUUUGAACCUGCCACCUCCAGCAUGUGGGGCUGGCGCCCUACUCCUUUGAGCCACAGGCGCCACCCUAAGCAGAUAUUUUUAAAUUCUCUAUAAUUUGUGUUUCUUUUCGUAUGACCAUGGUAAACUGGAGCUCACUAUAUACUUCGCCCUAAUUAUUCCACUGCAUUUCCUUCACUGAUUCCUCUUCCUGUCUCCCUUAGUACGAUUUCGUAAAUGGCUGUUUACCUAUUCUUCUGGUUUUAACAUUCAUUUUCUACAGAUAACUCAAGUCCAGAGCCCUGGCCAUUCUAACACCCUUUCAAUAGUUAUCUCUUCCUAUAUAUAUGAAUUGAUUCCAUAUCUACAUGUAUCUCUUUCUAUAUAUACACGAACAGACAUUGCUUCUAUACCUAUCUGCCUUCUGCUAAAAUAAGUGUUUUUCUGAAUUUUCUUUUUUUUUUUAUUUUUUUUUGUAGAGACAGAGUCUCACUUUAUGGCCCUCAGUAGAGUGCCAUGGCAUCACACAGCUCACAGCAACCUCCAACUCCUGGGCUUAAGCGAUUCUCUUGCCUCAGCCUCCUGAGUAGCUGGGACUACAGGCGCCCACCACAACGCCCGGCCAUUUUUUGGUUGCAGUUUGGCUGGGGCCGGGUUUGAACCCGCCACCCUCGGCAUAUGGGGCCGGUGCCCUACCAACUGAGCCACAGGCACCGCCCUUUUUCUGAAUUUUCUUGUAUCAUUAACUGUUAACUUCUCUGUCUCAAUUUUCUUAUUUGUAAAAUUGAGGUAGUGGUACUACCUGAUUUAUAGAGUUGUGAGGAUUUGACAAGGGAAUAAUGCCAGUACUUAGCACAAUCCUUCUCACAUAGUUGGGACAUCACAAGCAUUUGCUAAACAAAUCAACUAUAUUCCACAUUAUCCAAACUCAAAAUAUUGGAGUCAUUUUUUUUUGUCUACCUCUCUCACAUUCAAUCAUUGAGCCCUUUUGGUUUUUAGAAUCAUAGAAUUUUAGAAAUCUCUGUCUUUCCUGCCUUUUAGUUUUUAACAAUAUAUAAUAAAAGCCAACAUUUAUUGAGCACAAAGUAUUUUACACACAUUUCAUUUAAUCUUCACAGCCAACCCAUGAAGGAAGUACUAUUAGGAUCAAUUCCUCUUUUCAGAUAAGAGCUUAAAAAGUUGAACUAAAUGGAUUAAAGAGAUUCCAUUGUUUAAAUCAGGUCUUUCUGCUGCAGAUUGUGCUGUUAACCAUUAUGGGGGUCCUACACUACUUCCUUACACACCUCUCCCCUUACUCACAGGCACAGGCACAUGUACAUUAGGAGGAACAAAUGAGAUCAUUCAUAUGGAAGCAGUUAGGCUUCUCAAAUUUAAAAAACUGUAGUUUUUAUCUACCUUAACCGUUCAGGAAAUUGGGGACCAGAAAAGUGGACUGAAACUUGGGUUUUACUCCAGCCCAGUGUUUAUCCUCUUCUGGAGUUUACUCCAGCCCAGUUUAAACUCCACAGAUUUCCCUCUUGAUUGCUUCUGCUGACAUGGAUUCCCUUUAACUCAACAUCUGAUGCAAAUAUUGCUGACCACUACAUGUAUUUCAAUAUUUAGAUACCUGCUGCAUUGCAUCAAUAUUUUACUAUUUGGUGUUUGUCCUAAUUUAUCUCCAAUCAAUCAAUUCCAUGUAUUUUAUAAACUCUUGGGUGGCUGUGAUAGUUAACUUUAGAUGUCAGCUUGACUGGGUUAAGGAACACCCAUGACUGGAGUAAGGGAUACCCAAAUUACUGAUAAAACAUUAUUUUAUCUGGAAGAUGUUUCCAGAAGAUAGUGGCACUGAAUCAGCAGGCUGAGUAAGGAAGAUCCCCCCUCACCAGUGUAGGUGGGUAUCAUCCAGUCCACUGAGGGCCCAAAUAGAAUAAAAAGGCAGAGGAAAGACAAUUUCAGUCUUUCUUCUGGAGCUGGAACGUCCAUCUUCUCUUGCUUUCAGAUGUCAGAACUCCAUGUUCUUGACCUUUGGACUCCAGGACUUACACCAGUAGCUCUCUUGGUUCUCCAGCUUGCAUACAGCAUAUUGUGGGACUUCUCAGCUUCUUUUAUGUAUUUCCUUAAUACACCCCCUUCUAUCUAUCCAUCCAUCCAUCCAAUUGGUUGUUUUUCUCUGACUUAAUAUAGUACAUACAUUGAACAAUUUUUUUUCAUAUUACCUUCAGAACAUAGCACUGUAUCAGGCUCAUAGCAGAUCCAAUAAAGAUCUGUUGAAUAAACUGCAAGAAUGAACACACUUCUACAAGUAAUAAGUCCUGGGUCUUUCAACAAGUGAGGAAAAAACCCAGUUCUAGAUUUAGGAAUCAAAUACUAUAUGUCUGCCGAAGACUCUUUGCUCUUGCCAAGCGUCUUUUUCUGUCCAAAUUUUUAUCCUCUCUGGACUACUCCAGAACUUUACUUUCUGGACCUUUUAGCCUCCCUAACCUACAUAGUUCAUAUUAGAGGUAAAUGAAAAUUCUGGUUACGUAUGUGUAUUGGUGUAUGACAAUUUAACCAAAAAAUUAGUUGCUUAAAACUUAAGACAGUCAUUUUACUAUCUUUUUUUUUUUGAGACUGAGUCUAACUAUGUCGCCCUGCGUAGAGUGCUGUGGCAUCACAGCUCACAGCAACCUCAAACUCUUGGGCUUAAGCCAUUCUCUUGCCUCAGCCUCCCAAGUAGCUGAGACUACAGGCACCCACCACAACGCCCGGCCGUUUUUUUGUUGCAGUUGUCGUUGUUGCUUAGCAUGCCCCGGUUUCUGUGGGUUAUUAAUUUAGAUAGGCCCUGGGGUAGCUUAUCUCUGCUCCGUAAUGCCUGAAGCUUCAGCUAGAAAGACGUGAAGGCAAGGGGAGAUUUGGUGCCUGUGACAGCUUCAAUCACCUGGAGGAAUCUUCACUCACCCACCUGACAGGUGAAACUGGGACCUCAUCUAGGAUGUUGGCCAAACACCUCUCCAUGUGGCCUUUGCUUCCUCAUAGCACAGUGCCUGAGUUCUGAAAACGAUUAUCCAAAGAAGAUAGAACUGUAUCACUUUUUUUUUUUUUUUUUGUGAUUUUUGGCCUGGGCUGGGUUUGAACCCGCCACCUCCGGCAUAUGGGACCGGCGCCCUACUCCUUGAGCCACAGGUGCGGCCCAGAACUGUAUCACUUUUUAUGACCUACUCUUGGAAGUCACAUGAUACCUCUUCCAUUGUAGUCACAGGUUCACCUAGAUUCAGGGCAAGGGGAUAUAGAACUUUUCAAUGGAAAGCAUCAGUGGCAUACUGUAAGACAAACAUAUUAGAUGGGAUAUCUUCAGAGCUCAUCAUCCUAAAACAUCACUUCAAUCCUCUCAUUACUGACACCAAAAAAUUCUGGCAUUAAAGGCACUCUACUCUCAAAUGUCUUUUCCUCCUUUACUUACUAUAUUAUCUCCUCCAUUCAGGCCAGACUGAACUGUCAUCUAGACUUGUCAAACUCAUUCUUUUGAUCUUUUGUCUCAACUGAUCUGUUCUCUUUUGACCUAAGAAAUCCUACCUCUCACUUAAAACAUAAUGAUUGGGUGGCACCUGUGGCUCAAAGGAGUAGGGCACCAGCCCCGUAUGCCUGAGGUGGCGGGUUCAAACCCAGCCCUGGCCAAAAACCGCACACAAAAAAACAAUGAUUGCGGAAUUCUACAAAAUGAACUAAGAUGGCAGGCAGGGGCCUUCUGAGAUGGCGUAAGUUACAACAUCUGAGGAUGUUUUUACAGUAUCACCUACCUCCCAACUCAUUUCCAAGCUAUUAACAAAGCCCACAUCCGUCAAUAAUUUUGCACCCAACAUGAAGAGGACAAAUGCCCCUGCCUAAUGGACUGCUUCUUGGGAGAGACUGUCAGCAAACAUUACAUGUUAACCCAGACCUAUGUUAUGCCCAGGCGUCGCUCAAAGACCACACUGCCAGACAAGUCGAAUUUAAAGAGGAGUCCUUUCAUUGAAGAGGCAGCCAGUGACUGCCUCAGUGUCCCAACAUGGGGUUUCUGAGAGCAGCCCCAAGUUGUCUGUGACUCUGGUUUUUAUAGAGCAAAACUUUUCCAGGGGGCAAGCAAGCAUUAUUACAGAAAUGAAAAUAGCAGUUAUAGGGGUAGGGGGAAUCACAAGGUAGGGCCAUUAGUCAUUUUACCCAAUGCUAUGAUCAUGAGAGCGAUUUCCUGAUUUUUCUUCCUUACAAAAUAGGAACAAACCACAAUGUCCUAGCGGGGAAAUGCAGGGAGGGGAACUUACAAGUAAAGGUCGUAAAGGGCAUGAGCAUAAAAAGCUAUAAUCACUAGGGCUGCGAUGCAAAUGCAUUUACAGUUACACCAUGGGAGGGCAAACGAGAGGAACUAGUUUUGAAGGUAAAAGGGAAUAAGUAAUAAAAUGGAGUCAAGCUUGUUCUUUUAACAUUUCAAUACCACAUAUGGAUGGUAUGAAGACCACCUUAACAUAAUCAUGAGGGUUGUCCUCAUAGGGUAGUUAGUGACUUUUUACACAAUACUAAUAAUUGUAACAGUUCUAACCGGGCACACUUAAAAUACCAGGCAAUGGGCAGGGGAGACAACAGGAACCGGUUUCUUUAAGCAAUAAACUGUAACAACACAACAGAAUGGAGUCAGGCCUGCUUUGCCUUCCCACUGAUUCUCAGGAAUAAGAGACAACAAAAUGGAGUUAGGCGUGCUUUACUUUCAUCCUAACACCUGGUCAACUUUCUUUUCUUCCCAUUUUCCGUAGAGACAGAGUCUCACUUUAUCGCCCUAGGUAGAGUGCUGUGACAUCACAGCUCACAGAAACCUCCAACUCCUGGGCUUAGGAGAUUCUUGCAAUGCCUCAGCCUCCCGAGUAGCUGGGACUACAGGUGCCUGCCACAACACCCGGCUAUUUUUGUUGUUGUUGCAGUUUGGCCGGCCGGGUUCAAACCCGCCACCCUCGGGAUGUGGGGCUAGCGCCCUACCCACUGAGCCAUAGGCGCCGCCCCUACACCUAAUCAACUUUCUAGCCUGAAAAAAAAAAAAACAUUAAUAGUUUUUAUGGGAUUAAAGCUGGAUAAGAAAAAGGGUGGAGAGAUGAAUAAUGAACACAAACAAGCAAGACAACUUCGGCAAAGAAAAUAAAAUUCUGGGUGGCUGAGGUGGGAGGAUUGCCUGAGCUUAAUUUGAGACCAGCCUGAGCAAAAGGGAGACUCCGUAUAGAAAGAAAAGGAAAGAGAAAGAAAAGAAAAGAAAAACCAGCUGGGCAUUGUGGUGGGUGCCUGUAGUCUCAGCUACUUGGGAGGCUGAGGCAAGAGGAACUCUUGAGCCCAGGAAUUUGAGGUUACUGUGA